AUGGGCGUUAAAGUUAUCAUUGUUGGAGGGAGCAUUUCCGGCUUAUCCCUUGCCAACAUGCUCGAGAAAUUCGACAUCGAUUAUGUUCUUCUCGAAGGUCAUUCUACCAUUGCACCCCAGCUUGGCGCAAGUCUCGGUUUGCUUCCGAGUGGACUACGCAUUUUGGAUCAACUUGGAUGUUACGAAAGGAUUCAGAAGAUUGCUGGAAACACAUACUACAAAGCUAGCAUGCGGCUUUUCGGAGGGGGAGCUUGGGAUGAUCCAAAACCUGUAACAUUUUCUGAGAAGUUGGAAGAGAGAAUUGGAUAUCCGCAGAUAUUCGUCGAUCGCCAAUCCGUGAUCCAAGUUCUGUUCGAUAAUCUCAAAUUCCCGGAAAGAGUUCUUACGAACAAGCGUGUGAACCGAGUGGAAAAUCACCAGGACAAAGUGACUGUGGUCACAAAAGAUGGAUCGACGUAUACCGGAGACUUUGUAGUUGGAGCUGAUGGCAUCCACAGCACCGUCAGACAGGAAAUGUGGAGAGCAGCACAUGAGGAACAGUCAAAUCUGUUUUCAUCUGACCCAUUUCAAGACCUCCAGUGUGAAUCGAAGUGCAUCUUCGGCAUUUCGAGAAAGCCAGCCGCCCUACCAAAGUCACCUCUUCAAAUCAAUGCGUUCUUCAAGAACUGUAACUAUAUGAUCAUAUCUGCACCAGAGGACCGCAUUUAUUGGUUUUUAUUCGCGCCCUUGGACAAAGUGUUCGGCAAAGAUAUCCCCAAAUUUUCGAAAGAGGACGAACGAGCUCUGGCGGAGAAGCAUUUCCAAGAUCGCCUUACGGACGACAUGUUAUUCGAGGAUCUCUAUGAAAAUAGGUUGCAAACGUCUCUCGUGAGCACUGAAGAUCAUGUUUUUCCUCGCUGGCAUUACCGCCGGAUCAUUACGAUCGGAGAUGCUGCUCACAAGUUGCACCCGAUCAGCGCCCAAGGUGGAAACGGCGCCAUGGAAACCUCAGCAGUUCUGACAAAUUCGCUCGUUGCAACGAUAAAGGCCCACGGGUCUGAUACGCCGCUCAACGAAGAAGACAUCACCGCGAUGUUUACCGAUAUCCAAGCGAAGCGCUUCCAACGCGCCGUUGAUGCAGUUAACCAGGGCCGCAAGACAAAUUCUGCGUCGAUCAAAGAGACCGUAGCUUCGCGGAUCUUUGUCAACCAUUUCUUCCCCCGCUUUGGACAGAGUCUGAUCUUUAAACUCGUCAUUAAAAACACUCUCACUGGCCCCGUUAUCGAGGACCUUCCCCUUCCUUCACGUCACUCUGAGGCCCUGGAGCGCCACAAAAUGACACAUUCACGUAAAUGGCCAGUAUUUUGGAGCUUCAUUUCAGUUGGUGUUGGAUUAUUUUCGAUUCUUUUGUAUAAUCAUAGCCAGUUCUUUCCCAUCACUCGACACGAUUUGCUUUAG